AUGGACGACUCCGUGUGGGAGUUUUAUCUCAAGGAGCUAUUGAAGUUUGAGCUGAUAGGACCCUCUGUUUUGCUUGUGGACAAUCUUGCCACCCACGUGUCGUCGACAUCGUACAAGCUCGUGGACGAAGACUUCCUCUUGACGUUGGCGUUAUGGGACCACUGA